AUGUCUGGGUAUUCGGACCAGACUCGUGUGGCUCAGAACAGUGCUAUGGAAAACAUUCUUGAUGAAGAUGACGAAUCGCAAUCCAGCACCGCUAGCUUGAUCGAUAAGGAUGGGUUCCAAAUAAUGUAUGGAGAUAAUUCGCAAGUCUUCGGGGAUUAUAUGUCAGACAGUUUCCGGUUCAGUUCAAUUACAAUCAAAGACUUAGAAUUUGCUGUUGCUAGAGAAACAAGUGGAGGCUCGAUAGGCAUUAUGGGCAUUGGCUUUGAUGCAGGGGAGUCGAUCGCGUAUGCGGGUGGGAAGUCCUACAAGAAUAUCAUGGACUCGAUGGUGGAUCAAGAUCUGAUCAACUCGCGCUCCUACAGCCUCUGGCUCAAUGAUCUUGAAAGUGGAACGGGUAAUAUUUUGUUUGGUGGUUAUGACACGGCCAAAUUCAAGGGUAAUCUAACCCCAAUCGCCAUCCAAGAUGACGCAAAAAGUGGCAAGAUUACGUCUAUGACCGUCCCAUGGACAUCGCUUUCAAUUACAGAUCCUACCGAAGGCACGACGAGCCUGACUGGAAAGGACUUCGCGGAGCCCGCAGUACUUGAUUCGGGGUCAUCGAUCUCUAUUGUCCCACAGGAUAUAUAUGAUCAAGUCGCUGACUUUGCUAACGUACUUUACUAUGAAGAAAUGGCUUAUGUUGAGUGCGAGGUCAUGAAGUCGUAUAAAGGUACCCUCAACUUUGGGUUUGAUGGUUCCAGUGGGCCUAUGAUCUCAGUGCUCUUCUCCGAGCUUUGCCCUCCCAUGGUGGACAUAGAUGGCGCGCCCAUAACCCUUUCAAAUGGAAACACAUUAUGCUGGUUUGGGCUUGAAGCAGCUCAGGAAGGUGGCAUGAUAGUGCUAGGCGACUCCUUCCUUCGCUCAGCAUAUGUUGUGUACAAUCUAGACCGCAAAGAGAUCGCUAUUGCUCCGACCAUUUUUGAAACCGACGAAUCUAAUGUUGUGGAAAUUGACGCUCAGGGAUCUUCUGGCGACCAAAUAUGGCAUCUUUCUGGUGGGGUGACUGUCCAGCAGACGGCGACGGCUCGGCCAGAAGGACCAGGCCAACAAAAUACCAUGACAGUCACCACUGAGCUCUCGUACACGCCGACAGCCACUGGAUUUCACCUCACCGGCUCUACUGUCUCGCAAAGCAGUACUUCCUCUCAACAAAGUGGCAGUCCUCAGUCAACAGAAGCAUCCCAAGGCACCGCUACAUCUUCAGCAGCUCCUAAGUCGGGUGCUUUUGUCAGCCUUACAAUUUUCAUUAUAUCCCUUUUCUUGGUAAGCGAGUUGAUACUGAUGGUGUGA